AAAUUUCUCGACACCGUUGUCACUGGCGGUACUUAAGGGUAAUGACGAGAUGGUUCAGCUCCUUUUGACUGAGGGUGCAAAUCCUGACGGCGACCGCCGCGCAUCACACUGCCCUCUUAUAGUAGCAGCGGUAGACGGACGAUUUGACUUAGUGCAGACCCUUUAUUGUUGUGGUGCCGACCUAAAUCUACGGGACGAAGAUGGUGACCCGGCAAUCCAUAGCGUUGCGAUCCAAGGAAACAUGGAUAUGGUCAAGCUUAUACUUGGUAUCUCUGAUGAUACUUUGGAUUUCCAGGGUACUUCUGGUAGGCCUGCAUGGUGGUUUGCACAGAAAUAUGGACAUACGGCUGUCAUGGAAUUGUUGAGAGAAACAAUGCAAAAAAGACAGAAACGGCCUCUCCGGGAGUUCUCGCCGGACAUCGACGAUGACUCUGGGCAGCAGUUCGAUGAGAUCGGAUUGAACAAACUGCUGGGUGAUACAACACGAGCUCAACAGUACGCCUAUCGCACUCAGGAUCCGUCGAAGCCAGAGAUGUGGAAAGAGCGAAUACGGUUCAUUAUCAAGGCCGAGGAGGGAGAGGACCAUGACUUCGAGGUAAUCGAACCCUAUCGCGACGGCAAGGAUAGCCUCGAGCCUUUCGUUGCAGUCUCGUAUUGUUGGGCAUCCCACGAAAAUACAGGUAAACUUCGGAUAAAAGUCCCUAAGAAAGAUGGCUCGGGACCGAUGAUCAGGCCUACGCGCGCAAGUACACAGGUUAUACUGAGAAGCCUUGAAUUUGCGCAUUCUAAGGGAAUUAAACGGGUAUGGAUCGAUCAGGAGUGUAUUCACCAGGACGACUCAGAUGAUAAGCGGCUUCUUGUUGGCACGAUGCAUCGUCUUUAUCGGCAGGCGACACUCACACUAGCCAUACUUGGAAAUCAUAUCCAGUCAGUUGAUGACAUUGAAGCGAUAAAGGACCUUUACGACACAACGGGUCGUCCACAUGUCGAAAUCCUGCGCAAUCGUAUAUUCAAUGACAGGUGGUUCAAACGUUCCUGGACGACCCAGGAGGCGAUUAGCGCGACCAGAGAUAACAUGGUCUAUUUAAUUGGAUGGGAAAGUGAUUUAGACAGUUCCAAUAUCCAUUGGAAGCAAAUGGCAGCGUCGCUUUCGAAGGCAUUCCCCAGGCAGACAGUAUCGAGAGAACUGAUUCUCGACGGCUCGAACAAGUGGAGUCUCUCAUUCCACAUAUUUGAUGGUGGGAUGGCCAUGACCAACUCAUUUAUGGAGAGGUCAGUAGCCUCGACAGGGUCCUUCACGCUGUGCAGUUUUGACAUAAAGCACCACCCAUGGUAUGCUUCUAGUGAGGGUGAUUGGGCGAUAGCCAACAAGAUAUCUCAGAAGCUUCUUCCUACAGCAGUAUCAAUAUCCAAUUCGAUAGCCACGCUCUUUGGAUUCUCUGGCAAGGAGGAAUAUACUCGUCGUUGCGAUGUCGAUCAGUCGAAUCACAAACACAGUCUAAGCGACGUGUCUCGAACCGACCAUCAUGCAAUAUCCAUAAUCGGGGCAUUGUCGUCACUCAAAGGAAAACGAAACCUAAAGACAAUAGAUAGGUUGAGUAUACUUGCAAAUUUGGCGCGUUACGAAUAUCAUCUGGAUAUAGCUGCUAUUCUAGAAAAGGAGCCUAAGAUCAGCUAUUCUGCAUGCAUCCUCGCGCUUGCAUUCAUAAACGGAGACCUGAGUCUCCUAACGGACCUCAGGUUCCUCGAUCCAGCUGAUUCGCACAACAUUGAGCCAUCAUGGCUAAUGCCAAAUACUUGGCUGGCUGAAUCACAAAAUCAGAUUGAAUUAAUGCCCAGGCAUACGUUUACCGGCAAGAUUACGGGCAUCGGCAAUCCUUGUAUCGUGAUGGAGGACAAGCUCCUGGCACGAGGGGUGUUGUGGAAAAUCGAGAGCUACGAGUCUCUCUUACCUCUCCAGAAAGGAAUAAGAUCAUGCCUUGACUCUUGUCAAAAGAAUAAACUACUCCGUCGCCGAGCAGGGUUAGAAGUUCUGAAGGCAACCGUCAAGCAACUCUUCGUGACAGGGAAUGAUUCUUUGGUUCCUCUCGUCGUCAUCCUUGCCCGGAAGGAUAAAUGGGAAUCACCCGCUGAAGUUCGAUCUACCGUGCAACAAUUGCAGAAUUGGCAUCAGAAAGGUGGUAGUUGGCCGUGUCAAAUCCAUCCUGAUUACGGGUUUGGCGGAUCGGGGAAUAAGCAAGGCGAGGACUCAGUUGAGUAUGACAAACCCUUCGAUACCAAUGUGUUCGAAAACGCGGAAUUCCAACAGGAUUCAACCCCCCUAACGGAUGAGGUGCUGGAAAAGAUUAUUCCAACAGAUUGGGGGAUUGGGCUGCUACGAUGGAUCUACCUAACGAUUUACUUUGGAGUCCCCCUGGCCCUCGGCAGAUACCAGCUACAACACGAAGGUGAAGAUGAUGAUGUAGAUGAGUAUGCGAUUUUCAAGCUGAACCCAAAGAAGUCGAAGAUGGUAUUUGUGCCACUCGGGGAACUUAAUUAUGAGUUUAACGGUGGACUACACUUUGAGGUAUCCUCUGUUAAGGAUCUCUUCUGGUGCGUGCAAGAGAGGCACGAGCAUACAGUGCCGAUUGAAGAAGUACACAGAAGACUUAACGAACUCGAUCAGAGUGACCGGCCAAUUGCAGAUGGCGCAUUGUCAAUUGAGCAGUCUAAAGAUCUUGAAGGAUGUUGGUCUCCCAUGCUUUGCUCCAAUGGAGUUUUGAAAUGGGAUGACAAAUUACGGUCAUACCAUAUGACCACUCCGAAAGAUUUUGCAUCAUACCGCAUAUUUGUAUAAAGGAACGAAAUACCCGGAGUUAAAAAGGGGUAUCGUAUGUAUUGAGAUAUAGGAUAUAAACCUGUUAGAGUUUACUAGUUCGAGUUAUGAGAUGUUGGAUGGGUAAUAGGUAGGUAUAUAGGUAGAAAGGGUAUAAUUCGCCAAUGGUAAUGACCGCUAAACCGAAUAUGAGGGACUGUAAAGAAUAUUGGUGCAUUGGACAUUCCUCCAUCUUAUUGUCUGCAGGUAGGGACUACCUACCCUACAUAGGUACUAUCCAUCAAAGCACUUUCAUAAC